AAUCUAUCACUAUGGCGGUCACCGGUGUGAGGGUACCAAUUGCUUUUUCAACUAUAUUUAAUAAACUAAGACUUGAUCCUUACAAGAUAUGCAUGCGAAAGAAUCACAAAAAUAGUUUUCAAAAGAGAAUUUUUUCCGGUAUACAACCAACUAGUAUUCCUCAUGUUGGUAAUUAUUUUGGUGCCGUAAAGUCGUGGGUAGAUCUUCAAAAUGAUCAAAAAGAGAAUAUUAUCUUAAGUAUAGUGGACCUACAUUCAAUUACCGUACCACAAAACCCAGCACGCCUACAGCAACAAAUUGAAGAGUCUUUAAUUUGUUUAAUCGCUUCAGGCAUCGAUCCUAAUAGAACAGUACUUUUUCAACAAUCCAAGGUUAAUGGACACGCAAGUCUGUCUUGGAUUCUAGGCUGUUUAUGUACAAUACCACAAUUAGAGCAUCUUCCUCAAUGGAAAGAAAAGAGUGAACUUGUAAAAGAAAGUCGCUUAGGAAUAUUUACGUACCCCGUUUUGCAGGCUGCAGAUAUUCUUUUAUACAAAGCAACACACGUUCCUGUUGGAGAAGAUCAAGUUAAACAUAUAGAACUGACAAGACAUUUGGCUAAGGCCUUUAACAGAACCUAUUUAAAUAUUUUUCCAUCACCCCAGACAAUUUUAGGUAAGCAUAAGAGGAUCAAAAGUCUUCGUAACCCCGCCAACAAGAUGUCAAAAUCGGAAGCAGAUAGUAAAGGAAAAAUUGACAUUUGCGACUCUGCUGAAGAAAUCGUGCAAAAAGUGAAAAAAGCGGUUACCGACUCUAAUUCAGCGAUAACUUACGAUCCUAUUGAAAGACCAGGAAUAUCGAAUUUAAUUGAAAUUAUGAGUGCUGUAACAGAUACCGAACCAAAUCGAAUAGUUGAAAACUCUGCCGGUCUAGAUACAGUUCAAUUUAAGAGUAGAGUGUCGGAGGCGGUUGUGGAAUAUUUUAGGCCAAUAAGAAAAAGAUUUAUCGAAUUAAGAGAAGAUAGAAGCUAUCUUCACAAAGUGCUGAAAGAUGGAGAAGAGAAGGCACAAAAAAUUGCCGAUGAAACAAUGCAUGAAGUAAGAAAUGCUGUUGGCCUCAAUGUUUAUUAA